UAUCAGCGGCCGCGACAACUGCUGCGUCAAGGAUCUUGUUACUUACAUUACCGAAAAUGGGGUUGCUGAGAAGGAUGCUUUCAAAAAAACAAUUAAAGAUGCCUUGGUAUAUAAAGAUUCCUCGGGUGGAGAUAUGAGGACCAAUUACCACAAUGACCAUCUUCAAGUUCUCAACCACGCAAUGACUGAUAUUACCAAGAAGUAUUGUGUUAAGAUAAAGAGAUACUUUGCAUGGUCGUUGGUGGAUAAUUACGAAUGGGCCGGCGGAUACAAAACUCGUUUUGGAUUGAUGUAUGUUGAUUACAAGGAUGGGCAUUUGGCAAGGUACCCAAAAGAAUCAGCCACAUGGUUCGCAAAAUUCCUCAUGGGAGAUGGGCAGAGAGAGCUAGAAGAAUGAAUCUUCUUUGGUCCUAGCUAGCUUAGUGUGCUUGCGUGCAUUUCCUAUAUGACUAUAAUUUGGCUUUCAACAAUAAGACAACAUGCAUGCCUAGAAAGAAAAUUACCCAGAAAGUGAGUCGACCCAGUUUCUAUGGACUUUACACCUCAAUUUCUGGUUGUUAAUUUAAUUU